UGAAGAAAGAAGGCUUCUUGGCUUCUGUUCUGUUGCGGUGUCUCUCUUUUUUCCUUUCUGCGAGCAGAACGAAGCAAGGCUCGUUGUUUCAGAACUGUGCGGAGACGAAGCGGGAUUGAACAAGAAAUGCUGGAAGAUUAGAUAUCCGUGGCAUGGUAGUUAGUAUUGUUCGAUUCAAGAUAAGUCUGUUUAUAUAGUCAAAAGAUUACUAAAGGUCUAUUCAGAUGCAAACAUUUCAUGGUGAUGCUCCCCCAAAGUUAAAGGAGAAUGAACUGACUGAGUCUAGCUCCUUAAGUCACUUGGAUGACACUAUUCAGCAACCUGGGUAUUAUUCUCCCUUGGAGGGAGAGGAAGAAGAUGAUGUGCAAUUCCUAGAGGAUGAAUAUGACCAGUUUAAUGGAAAUACUUCAAACCAGUUAGUGGUUUAUAAUCCUGAGGUCACUGAUACAGAUCAAAGUGAACUGGCUAAUGACGCUGACCUUGAUGGUUAUCAACUUCAACCUUUGUCUAUUUACACAAAACCAAACCCACCUUCGAGAAUUUUGCCCUCUGUAGGGGCAUUUACUGUCCAGUGUGCUAACUGUUUUAAAUGGAGGCUUAUCCCAACUAAGGAAAAAUAUGAAGAAAUACGUGAAACUAUUUUGCAGAACCCUUUUGUGUGUGAAACAGCUUGUGCAUGGCGUCCUGGUAUAACUUGUGAUGAUCCAACAGAUAUCUCCCAAGAUGGAAGCAGGCUUUGGGCAAUUGACAAACCUAAUAUUGCACAGCCCCCUCCUGGAUGGGAACGGCUCCUUAGGAUCAGAGGUGAAGGGAGCACCAGGUUUGCUGAUAUUUAUUAUGUUGCACCAUCAGGAAAGAGACUCCGGUCCAUGGUGGAGAUCCAGAGAUAUUUACUUGAACACCCAGAGUAUACUGAUGCUGGGGUGACUAUGUCACAAUUUUCAUUCCAAAUCCCAAAACCAUUACAAGAAAACUAUGUAAGAAAGCGGCCCCCAGGCCCCCCACGGGUGGCACCUUCAUAUGAUGGCUCUGGUCUUGGAAUUUCAAGUCCUCUUGAACCUACAGAUGUUAACCCACUAUCGUGGGCGGAUCCUGCCGAUUCUCCAGAGUUGCAACUUGGUGGACCGGGGCUUUCAACUCCUUACGUAGAGGUUCCUAUUUUUGAUCCUGAAGCUCGACCAACAAAGAAGCGGACAACAAAAUCACUAUCUAAAGAUAUAUAUGGAAAUAGUCCAUUGUAUGAUUGUCAGUUCAAGACAGAAGAACCAGAAAGAUUAAAAAGUGGCACCACUGAUCUCAGUCUGUAAGUUUUAAUUCAUUAUAUCUUAUCUCUUUUUACCUUGUUCUUAAAUGGACCUUUUGUUUUGAAAAGAAAAGAAAAGUGACAGUGACAUGUGGGGUUGAGGGUGCUUUGGGCGUGGCCUUGCAAGGUUGGUUAACUGCAGUAUCCUUGGUGUAGAAGGAAUUUAUAUAUAAAAAAACAAAAGUUUUGGUUCAUAUAUAAUUCAGUAUCAUAUGUUUCCUUGUUUUGUUUA